GCAAUUCAUCUCUCUCUGCAGAAGGUUUGAAGAUGGUAGACUUUAAUCUGAUUCUUACAGAGAUAUUUGAUCGACUUAGUUUGAUGAAGAAAGAAACUGACCUCUAACCUGUGACGUGGAUUACAGAGCAUCAUACAGGACGACCAGUUCGCUAUCAUGCUUGGUGUGACAGGGCGAGUUUCUCAUAGGAGCUCCAGCUGGGAUGAAGUGUGCUACGGUAAAAUCAAGCAGAUCCUCAUAACCCAUGGUGACGCCAUUAAUUCCAUCCAAGUGGCUUAUGAUUUCAAGGGAACUCCAAUUCUUGCUCAUAGGCAUGGAGGCGAUGGAGACAGAUUCGAUUGUAUUAAUUUGUUGUCCUGGGAGACGCUCACAGUAGUGAAAGGCUAUUAUGGGCCACUUGGAAAUGAUGGUAUAGACGUUGUACUGUCGCUCACCUUUGUUACCAACGGAGGAAACACCUACGGGCCAUUUGGGCGAGAAAGCGGCACUCCCUUCUGCUUCAACAUUCGGAACGGUGUUCAUUUCUGGGGGUUUCAUGGAUACUCCAACAGUAGGUAUCUUUGUAACAUUGGCAUCUAUGUGAAGCCCACCGCAGAGUAUAAGUACCACUUCUCGCCGAAGCCGGAGAAGUUUGUGGCCGCGCGAUCAGUUUGUAAUGUCUCCUCAUGAUUCCAACAAGUACGUACUCGGCCUCUGAGUUGGUUCUGCACAAACCCUCACCUCCUCUACUCUUUUGCACCCUCCUCAUCCGAUCCAUUAAAUGUUCUACAAAUGUUGUUGAUCGAUCUGGGGAGGCAGGCUAUGAAAUUGAAAAGGGGUUCACUACCA